AAUUAUUUCCAUAUAAUUAUCCUAAUAUUCGGAAAGGUAUAAAUUGGUGUAUUAAAAAAAAGUACAUGCUUCAAAUCUAGUGGAAAUUCACCUAUAAUAAAUCCAUUUAUAAUAAAAUUGAUUCAUCAACCUGUAAAGAACGGCGAUAUUUAAAGAAUUUUAUAGUGAGACAUAAACAUUACAAUUAUAAAUAAUCAAAUAAUGCAAAGUUACUAAUUACACCUUCGUUGACCAUUGUAAGACUCUAAGCUAAAAACAAUUUAUACAAAUCAAAAUAAAAAUAAUAAAAAGUGUGUCAUCUUUGUGAACGUGUGGAAUCGUUAUAACAAAAUGGUAUGAAAUAUGUCAGUGUAGCGAAUUAUUCGAAUUUCGUGAUUAUUUAAUCGAGAUAAUGAAUGCACCGAAAUUCUACAGGGACAAUCGCGAAUCCUGUGAUUUUGAUCGGGCUUUAAGUCUUACAGGUUAUGGAAGAUUCCAUUACGAAACUACUGCAGCAUGCUGCUUAUCCAUUCUGGUAGUCGGUUUCCAAAAUGGUCUGUCUGCAUACAUUUUUCCACCAGCACGAUGUGAACUCAAUCUCUCUUCCUACGAAUUAGGUUUCCUCAACGUAGCUUUUCUAGGAGGAAGCACGAUAAGUUGUUUCAUUUGGGGCUUUUUGGCUGACAAUCAAGGAAGGAGGAAAAUUUUAAUUUUUACCCAUUUGAUAAAUGCUCUCAUUACCGUUUUGUGUUCUUUGUCUCCGUAUAAAAACGUGCUUAUUGUCUGCAGAUUAUCCAGUGGUUUUUUGAUAGGAGCUCCAGGUAGUUUGGUAUACACAUACAUAGCUGAAUUUCAUCCUCCAAAACUACGCUUUACAAGCGUUUGUCUCUGUGGAAUGUUCUUCGUAGCAGCAUGGCUGCUGUUACCAAUAAUCGCAUAUUUCAUCCUCCCUCUGGAUAUCAAAUACAACUUCAGAAAUAUUUUCGCCAUAACACCAUGGAGAGUGUUUCUCCUUAUACUAGCAAUACCAGAUCUUUUGGUGGGACUUUGGUUCAUACGGCUUCCAGAAAGUCCAAAGUAUUACAUGGCCAGAGGAUAUCCGAAGAAAGCGUUAGCUGUUUUGCAAAAAAUGUAUUCCGCGAAUUAUGGAAAAUGCCGGGAAUUUUUUCCAGUUAAAAAUAUAAUUAGCGAAGUAAAUUCUGGUAUUAAAAAUAACGAAGUUGUGAUUACCGGUAAAACUGCUCGAGUCCUGAAGGAGAUAUUACAGCAAAUUAAGAGAUUGUUUCGAGCACCCCUACUCGUGAAAACUACUUUAACUACUGGAAUAAUGUUUUGUAAUAUGUUUGGACUCUUUGGCCUCGGUCUUUGGCUCCCAGAAAUUUUCAUCAAGUUUCAGCGAUACGAAACCCUUCAUCCCAAUACAACUAUUACUUUAAAAGAUUUAUCUUCUUUGCCAUUAAUAACGAAUCAAACCUGUCAACCUUCUUUCGACCAAUCAGUUAUAAUAAACACUGUAUCGACUGGCUUAACCGCUCUCAUCUUCAAUGGAAUUUGCUGCUGGGUAGCUACAAAGGUUUCUUCGAAAAACAUGACGUUGGUGCUGUCUGUAAUUGGAGGCAUAAGCGCUGGAUCGAUUUACUGGUUGAGAUCAGCAACACAGAACCUUAUAGUGGCUUGUAUAUUCCAGUCAACCAUAAUGACUGCCAAUUUGAGCAUUACCAGUAUCGUGGUGGAGUUAUUUCCAACUAGCGUUGGUGGUAUAGCAGUGUGUUUGGUUAUAUGCGUUGGUCGCACAGGAGCAGCAAUUAGUAAUAUAGUUUUCGCUUAUUCUAUGGACAAAAAAUGUGAACUACCAAUUUUCGUGGUAGCGGUUUUUGAAAUUUUAGCUGGAGUUUUGUGUCUAAUGGUGCCCAAAGAAAAGAAGCCUUUGAACAACGAAGAUGAUAAUAAUACAGAAACGUAUAAGAAAAAUAAUUAUGAAAUAACUACAUUAUCAAAUAAAAUUGCUGACAAUUAA